CACAGGCCUUUCUGAGUCCCAGGCCUGGGCUCUAUCCACUAGGCCAUGCUGCUUCUUCCUGCCGAGUUUCAGAACAGUGAUGGACCAGAAGGAGGGGAUGGUUGGAUGGGGCUUGGCAAGGACUGAAAUGACUCAUCCAGAUUCAGAUCUGAAAGAGAAGAGUCUGAAGGAAGACUUGAAGUUCUACUUCAUGAAUCCAUGUCAGAAAUUCAGAGCUAGACAUCAGAUUCCAUGGAAAUUGGGGUUGCAGAUUUUGAAGAUUGUAAUGGUUACCACACAGCUUGUCCUAUUUGGUUUGAAUAACCAACUGGUGGUUUCUUUCAAAGAAGAUAAUACCGUUGCUUUUAAGCACAUAUUUCUGAAAAACUAUUCUGGUGUGGAUGAAGAUGACUACAGUUGCAGUGUAUAUACCCAGAAGGAUGUUUAUGACAGCAUUUUUUUUGCUAUUCAUCAGUACCAUCGGUUAAAGAACAUAUCCCUGGGAACACUUGGUUAUGAAGAAAAUGAAGAUAAUAGAAUUGGCUUAAAAGUCUGUAAACAACAUUACAAGAAAGGAACAAUGCUUCCUUCCAAUGACACUCUGCAUAUAGACAGCGACAUAGACAUAGAUUGCAUUCACCUAGAUCUGCAAACUCUCUCAAACAAGAACUCCCAGGAUUGGAUGAAUUCAUCAUUUUUUAGCCUGGAGUUUUAUCGGCUCUUACAAGUUGAAAUCUCCUUUAACCUCAAAGGUAUUGACCUACAGUCAAUUCAUGCCCGUGAAUUACCAGAUUGUUAUGCCUUUCAGAAUACUAUCACCUUUGACAAUAAAGCACACAGUGGUAAAAUCAAAAUCUAUUUUGAUAGCGAUGCCAACAUUCAAGAGUGCAAGGACUGGCGUAUAUCUGGAUCUAUUCAGAAAAACACUCAAUAUGUUCUGGUGUUUGAUGCAUUUGUCAUUUUAAGUUGCUUCACUUCUCUGAUUCUCUGCACAAGAUCCAUUGUUCUUGCUCUGAGAUUGCAAAAAAGAUUUCUGAAGUUCUUCCUGGAAAAGUACAAGCGACCCGUGUGCGAUGCUGACCGCUGGGAGUUCAUCAAUGGCUGGUAUGUCCUGGUGAUCAUCAGCGAUAUGAUGACAAUAAUUGGAUCAAUAUUAAAAAUGGAAAUCAAAGCAAAGAAUCUCACAAACUAUGACUUGUGCAGCAUUUUGCUUGGAACCUCCACACUGUUCGUCUGGGUUGGAGUUAUACGAUACUUGGGUUAUUUCCAGACAUACAACGUGCUCAUUUUGACCAUGCAGGCCUCUUUACCCAAAGUCCUCCGCUUCUGUUGCUGCGCCGGAAUGAUCUAUCUGGGCUACACUUUCUGUGGCUGGAUCGUCCUAGGACCCUACCAUGAGAAGUUUGAAGAUCUGAAUACAGUCGCAGAGUGCCUGUUUUCUUUAGUCAAUGGAGAUGACAUGUUCGCGACGUUUGCCCAAAUUCAGCAAAAAAGUAUCCUGGUGUGGCUGUUCAGUCGCUUGUAUUUGUAUUCCUUCAUCAGUCUGUUUAUAUAUAUGAUCCUCAGUCUCUUCAUUGCACUCAUCACAGACUCAUAUGACACCAUAAAGAAAUACCAGCAGAAUGGCUUUCCUGCCACGGAUCUUCAGGAAUUUCUAAAGGAAUGUGGUGGCAUAGAGGAGUAUCGAGGAGAGCCGUCGUUUUCCGUGUCCUGUUUCUGCUGCUGUAGGAGGCAAGGCGGCGAUGACAACUUGAUACUUAUUAGCUGAAAACCCACCGCCAAGAGAAAAUGAAACUUCAGGCCUCCAUUUCCCAGAGGAAAUGCAGAGAAGGCUCUAGCUGUUGUGGAAAAAUGACUCUGCAGAUUCUCCCAUGGUUUGGACUUGUAUUUUCAUAAAAAGGCUCGAUUUUGAAGCAGGAAAGAAAAGCUGUGCCUGACUCUGGUCAGCUGGCUGACCGUGACUCUCAAGUCUCAAAGCUACUUUUUAUGAACUGGACCUAUGAAGAGCUACUCGUCCUUCUCACCUCAGGAAUUAUAGAAUAAAAAUAUUGGGAGGAGGGGGAAAAGAUCCCUAGUUUAAAAAAAAUUAAGUAUUUUUGGCCAGUGUUUUUUAGUCACAGGUAAUGUGUUCACUGUUCCAAUUCCUGUUUCCGCUUUGUAUCGAAGUUGAUUCAAAUGGGCUGGAAGACAUUUGAGUAAAUCACCAACUGCACUUUAAUGGUUCUUCAAUUUUGGUUCUUUGAGCGGACUACGUGAAGCUGUGACGCAAUCGUACAAUCGGUGUAUUCUCUUUGACUCUUCCGGGAACUAAAAGCUCACCAUUAUUGGAAGCUUUCAAUUUUUUUUUUAUUUUUUUAUUUUUUGGGGUCUACUUUCCUGUGCCUUUCCUCUUCGGGACAUACUGAAACUGUGAUUUCAUUAGGCCACAGAGAAGGCUGAUUCACCCAGGCACCUCGCCAAUAUCCCACUCGUUCCGGGAAUCGUGAACCGGCAUAAAGUGGAGAGGCAGAAGGUGGGAAUGUUGCACAAGGUUUUAACAGAAAUAAAAUAAAACUCCACCUGGUGACACACCCUUUAAGCUACGAUGAUAGGCAGUUGUUUCCUCAAUAAAUCUAUUUUUAAUGACAGCA